AUGUGUGGUAAGAAAGAUAAGAUUGCAGUGGACAAAUUACUUGCCCAACUUGUUACGGUAAAUAACAUAUCAUUUGAUGUUGUUCAAAACUCAUUUUUUAUUCGCUUUGUGCAAGCUGUUGCUGAAUAUGGUCCUGAAUAUAAUUUACCCUCUUAUUUGACUCUCCAAAAGAAGUUAAUUCCAAAUCUGAAGUUAGAAGUUGAAGAGUAUAUUAGAAGUAUUAAGAAUUCUUGGGUUGCAACUGGUUGUACUCUUAUUUCAAGCAUAUGGAGUGAUGUAGAGCAAAGAGCAUUUAUCAAUAUUAUUGCAUAUUCUCCUAGUGGAGCAAUAUUUUUGAAAUCAUUUGAAGUUUCAAGAGAUAAAAUAACAGCACUAUAUAUUAAAGACCUAAUCUCUUCAGUAAUUGAAGAAAUUGGGCCUAAUAAUGUUGUUCAAUUGAUCACUGAUAAUACUACAAAUUUUGAGUCUACUGGAGACAUGCUUAUUAACAAGUACCCUCGUUUGUACAAAACUCGAUGUGCUGCUUAUGGCAUUCAAUUGCUUUUGAAGGAUAUAUGCGAGGAAGUUGAUUGGGCACAAAAGAUAAUUAAUGAUGCAAAAUUAAUUGUUUCAUAUAUGUAUGAGGAUUGUAUCAUUUUGUCACUCAUGAAAGAGUACACAAAUGAGAAGGAAUUGAAACAUCCUUGUACAAGUAUGUUUUCUUCUAAUUUCUUGAUGCUUCAAUCUAUUUUGAAUGUUCGAGAUGAGUUGCAACUACUUGUUGUAUCUUCUGAAUGGGAAAAAUUGAAUCACAACAAAAAGGGCAUUGCAGUUGCUAGUAUUAUCCAAAGUACACAAUUUUGGACUCAGGGGAAAGAUGUGUUACAAGGUUUGGAGCCGUUGUUCGAGCUCUUCGAUUAG